AUGUCCCGUUGCACGCCCACAUCGCACUCUUGCACGCCCACGUCCUAUUGCACACCUUGUCGCACGCCCACCUCCCAUUGCAUCUCUUGUUGCCUGUCCCCGUCUUGUUGCACGUGCUCUUGCACGCCUUGUUGCACGCUCACAUCCCACCGCCUGCCUUAUUGCCUGCCCCUGUCUUGUUGCAG